AUGACAUGAAUGACGUCACCCUGUGUCUCCCUCAUGGCGGAAGUGAAGGGUGAACCCGUUUCAUCACUGAAAGUCAUUUAUGUCACAUCAGCCCCUCGUCAGCUCAAAGAUGGCAAGGAGGCUGUUACGAAUACUGAGGGGCUACCAGCAUCUUGCUUCACCCCCAUUUGUGUCUCCUCACCUCUGGCACUCAUCUAUCUUGUUGCCAAUCAGAAGCAGCUUCGUGCGGACCAUGGUGACACUGCCUUUCUCAUUCAGCCUGAAGCCUCGGGACUUCAGCCUGCCCAACUCCUCGUGGAAUGCAGAAACCAUGCGCUUGUAUGACUAUUACAACAAGCAGUGUGAGGUGGAAAAUGAAGUAGGAGAGAAGCAGAGGGGACCCUGGAGGAGACUGCCCAGCUACAAUCGCACCCUCAAGUACGCCACAGGAGGAGCCUAUCUCAGCAAGUUCAUCCAGUCCAAAAAUCGCCUUUUUACCCGCAGCAUCAAAACCGCAGGAGCUGCAUUUGAGUACGUUGUGUUUCUUAACAAAGAAGAGGAGAGGAGUGUCUGCAUUUUCCAGGCUGGACACCUGCUGGAGGGCCCGCCAGGGUGCGUUCUUGGCCCCUUGAAAAAACAUGUCCACGGGGGGGCAAUCGCUACUAUGAUUGAUUCUGUCACGGGCACUCAUGCAGCUUUCAUGUCUGGACCGGUGAUGACUGCCAAUCUCAACAUCAAUUACCGCAGCCCCAUCCCAUUGGGAAGUACAGUGUUAAUAAACUCCUCCCUUGAUCACAAGGAAGGCAGAAAAACGUUCAUUUCCUGUAAAGUGACCAGCUCUGAUGGCUCCAAGCUGCACACAGAGGCAACAGCACUCUUUCUGUCUAUCAAAGUCAGCCAUUUAUUGGGAGUCUAACACAAAACAAGUAUUUCAACAAGUAGAGGCCUUUUUUCUCUGUGUCUUGAAGUUGAGAUUUAUGUUUCGAAACGUGAUUUAUUUGGAGAUUUUAUGUGCUCCCCUCUCGUGUGUUUUCUCUGGGUACUCUGACUUCCUCCAACAUAAUUUUCUGACGUGCCUUUUAGUUUCACUGAAGAAUCUAAAUUGUCAAUAGAUGAGUGUGAAUGGUUGCUUGUCUCUAUGUGUCCUGCAAUUGACUGGUGACCAGUUCAGGGUGUCCCCUGCCUCUCGCCCAGUCACCUGCGAUAGGCUUCAGCUGUGACCCUAAUGGCGAUAAGCGGUACAAAAAGAUGGAUGGAUGAAUGAACAUCUGUUACAUGACAUAAUUGGGGAGUACCGUGGACUACACUGUUACCACUUAACUACCUCGGGUUUUACUCACAACAUCAGGUAUCUAAGCAUUAUUUAUUGAAUGGUUAUUUUACUGAUUUGAUUGUGAAUUUGAUAUUGUACCUUACAGUGUAACUUUCCUGCAAUAAAGCUUUGCUUGCAGUUAU